AUGACUCUGGUUCUAGAUAAUUGCGACUACAGUUCUCUCGGUUCCCAGGCCCAAGGUCUAGUUCUGGAACUCGUGGCAGGAGGUGAAUUUUCUAAGCUCCGUGCUAGACAAAAAGAACGGCUAGCACGGAGGAAUACAGUUGAAGAAUUGCGUCAUCUUGAGGCAACACCUGGACCUGAGUUACCUCUACAUUUUGCUGCUAAUGAGAAAGAUGGGGAUCGAGUGACUGAAUUGGUUCAAGAAGUCAGAGAAAAGUCUUCAGCAAUUGGUUUAGAGGAUGAGAAAGUCACUUGGCCCUCAGAGGCACCAAAGAGUAAGGGCGACUUAGCUCUAAGGCUGGGUAGGCUUUCAAAACACAAAAUGGGCAGUCAUUUGGAUAUUUCUGUCAAUUCUCUUGCUCAGCCCUCUCCUGACAAUAUCCCUCCAAGUCACCAUUAUCAGGGCACAGGCUAUACAAGCACACUUCCUCCCAACAAUUUGUUACCGGUUCUGGGGUUAUGUGCUCCCAAUGCUAGUCAAAUAGAAUCACAUAGAAACUUUUCAAGGUCACAUGGUAGACAUAGCAAGUCAGCUACUGGACCAGAAUUUCCAUUUAGUCUAGCUCCUAAUUCUGGAACUUCAAUUGAGACAGAAGUAAAAGGUCGGGAGGGUACUCCAGACAAAACAAAGUUGCAUGAUGUGUCAGCUGAAGCUUUACAACAUCGUAUUAGAGGUAGCAUGCCAGAUAAUCGACUCCCAUUUAUUCCGUAUCCUCUGCCUUCCUCACAUGGAAAAAUUUCUGACCGUCUAGAAAGUGCUGCUGCUGCUGCAUUUGCUGAAUUUCAGGAGAAGUAUAUGUUACCAAAUUUACCUUUUGAUGAGAAAUUGCCACCUAGAUUUCCUUUUCCUGCGACCAGCACAGGAGCUCCACAUCAUGACUUGUUACCUAGCUUGUCACUGGGGAGCAGACUUGAAGCUGUAAAUGACUGCAUAAAAGACCUUCCAGCAAUGCCUCUCUUGCCAAAUUUGAAAUUCCUCCCACAAGAUGCACCCAGAUAUAAUCAGCAAGAGAGGGAAGUUCAUCCCACAUUGGGUUUAGGUCAGACACCAUCCACAUUUUCUUCAAUUCCUGAAAAUCACCGGAGAGUGCUUGAAAACAUAAUGAUGAGGACUGGGCCUGCUUCCAACAUGUAUAGAAAGAAACUAAAAGUAGAUAGCUGGUCUGAAGAUGAACUCGAUUUUCUCUGGAUUGGAGUUCGCAGACAUGGUCGGGGCAAUUGGACUGCUAUGCUUAGAGACCCCAGAAUGAAAUUCUCCAAGCAUAAAACUCCGGAAGAUUUGGCAGCUAGGUGGGAGGAGGAACAGCUUAAGAUAUUGGACGGUCCCGCUUUUCCAGUGCAAAAAACUACCAAGCCAAGUAAAUCUACCAAAUCUUCCUUGUUUCCAAGCAUUCCUGAUGGAAUGAUGUCACGGGCACUGCAAGGAAGUAAAUUUGUCUUGCCGCCAAAAUUUCAAGCACACUUAACGGACAUGAAAUUGGGCUUUUCUGAUCUCACCGCUGGCCUGCCAGGUUUUGAUCCAUCAGAACAAGUUAGUUUGCAAAAUGAGCAUUUUCCACCCAUUCCAACUUGGAAUCCUGAAAAAUUUCGGGGAAAUUUUGUUGGAGAUUCUUGUGCUGGACCCUCUGGUAGACCUGGGACUUCUUCAAGUGUACCAUUGGAGAAGCCCUUUAUGCUCAAUUCUUUGGGAGUGAGCAAUUUGGGUUCACUGGGUAUGAACUCUGGUGGCUCUGAUUUACUGAGAAGGGGGGAUGAAGACAUUUCAGCGAGAAGUGGGAAGUUGCGCAGUCUUCUGGACAGAUCUUUUAAUAUGUUGCGUGACUCCAACAAUAAUGUGGGAAGUGGUGAAUCCACCAGUUCAGGACUUCUCCCUGAACCAAACAAAGGGCUUAACAAUUCUCAUUCAAAGGGGAAAGAAGUAGUUGGAAGUAGUUCUUCAAAGAACAAACUACCUCAUUGGCUUCGGGAAGCUGUAGGUGCCCCUGCUAAACCGCCAGAUCCUGAACUGCCGCCUACUGUUUCAGCAAUUGCUCAAUCAGUUCGCUUACUAUAUGGGGAAGAUAAACCAACCAUUCCUCCAUUUGAGAUACCGGCACCACCUCCUCCCCAACCAAAGGAUCCAAGACGUAGUCUAAAAAAGAAGAAGAAGCGGAAGUCGCAUAUGCAUUGGGACAGUGCUGGGAGCAGCCAGAUGUUUCAAAGUGGCCUCCCUAAUAACAAUGCUGCUUCAAGUUCUAUUCUUCCGGUUCCACCAUUUCAAAUGCCCCCGCAACAUAUUACUGGAACUCCAGGGCUUCCUUCAGCAGAAUCUGACCUUAAUUUGCAUCCUCUCAAUUUAAAUAUGAUGAACCCACCGUCUUCUUCGGCAUACCUAAUCCCCCCAAAGAAAACGAGCUCAGGACUGUCCCCCUCUCCAGAAGUGCUUCAACUGGUAGCAUCUUGUGUUGCUCCAGGCCCGCAUUUGCCAUCAGUUUCAGGCAUUUCAAGCUCAAGCUUCCUUGAGAGCAAGUUCCCAUUGCCGAAAUCUUCCGACCAAGUUGACCUACCAGACCGACAAGGUUCACCCGAAACUAUGAAAGCUGAACAGAGCUCACCCAUUAACGAUGAUCGGCUCCAACUGGAACAACAAGAACAGCAAGAUAGUGGUGAAUCCAGCAAGACGCAAUCAGACCCUUGUCGAACUGAACAGCCUGAUGUCGAGGAAAUAUCCUCUGAGGGAACUCUGUCAGAUCAUCCUGUGAGUGACGAUGAACCCUAGCCCUUCAUAAAUGAGUGAAAAAAUAGGACAGUACUAUUCUUUCAUCCUGCUACUGGAGUUUCCAGGCUUUUCAAUGAUCUGCGCGAAUUUUUGUAGCCAUGGUGCAGAGUGAUGAAUUAGGACAUAUAGGAUCAUUUAGGACUCUUCUCGUGUAAAGUUUCUGUAACAGAAAAAUGAAAUAUAUAGUGUUGCCUGGUUGAUAUUUGCUUCUAUCA